AUGGUUUGUUAUCUGCCGUCAGCCAGUCACACCCUGACCUCGCAGUGCGGAACACCUGGGGCUCGAUCCCACGACCUGCUGGUUAAACGUCCAACGUCCCUAGCCACUGAGCCACGGUUCGUUGUCCUGUCGUUUGCGAUCGGGCAUAAAUAGGGUUAGGACGACUAUCGCCGAGGAUGAUGAUGAUGAUGAUGAUGAUGAUGAUGAUGAUGAUGAUGAUGAUGAUGAUGAUGAUGAUGAUGAUGAUGAUGAUGAUGAUGAUGAUGAUGAUGAUGAUGAUGAUGAUGAUGAUGAUGAUGAUGAUGAUGAUGAUGAUGGCGUCGGCGGCGGCGGUGGUGGUGGUUGUGGUGGUGACGAUGACGAUGAUGAUAAUACUAAUAGGGACGGCGAUGCUGCUGCUGCUGCUGCUGCUGCUGCUGCUGCUGCUGCUGCUGCUGCUGCUGCUGCUGCUGCUGCUGCUGCUGCUGCUGCUGCUGCUGCUGCUGCUGCUGCUGCUGCUGCUGCUGCUGCUGCUGCUGCUGCAUAG